UUGAAUAUUAUUUUGAGCAGCAUUUAUUACCAUUUGUGCAGUUGCUGCUUUUGUGAAUGAUUGCCAUUAUUGUCAUUACUGAAAUUCCAGUGGACCUAAAUAUAACCUCUAGCUGCAAGUUCAAUGACUGAUUGACAGUCAUAUUUCCGAACGAAACGAAACGUAUUUCGCCUGCUGCAUUGCAUCAAUAGACCUUAAAAAUUCGGUGUUUCAUAUUAUUGUAUUCUAAUUUGUACGUUCGUGCAUCUUCCAGUUAGACAUGUGACAUUAAAAAUUCGGUUUUGCAUAUUGCGUGCAAUAAAUGAUGGUGAUAAAGUUGUUGUGUAGCGGUGACUGUUGAUGUGUCCAUUGAUGGGCUAUUCUAGGUGAAUGUUGUUUACGGUGUGGUGAAGGUGCGACCUAGCGGCUGUGCAGGGCGGCGGCACGAUGCACGAGCUACUGAAGCAUGUUUUGACGGAGCGGGACCUCACUCGCGCCGGAGACAUCUUCGCGAUCCCUGACGCGGACAUAGUUGACGAUCUCAACGAAGUCUUGAAACAAAUAACUGAGAUAUCAUCUCGACCAGACUACUGUCGGAACGACCGAGACCAGGCUCUGAUAGAAAUAUGUGUAGCACGAGUAACAUCCUGUGUGAAGGAGACCAGUACCCUGGACAAGUACUGCGGGCCUCUAGUGGCACUGCUGGAGUCUUGUCUGCACCACAACCUGAUGCCCCUCGGCCACCUCCGGGACGAUGAUCCACCUCAUGCUAAGAUUGCUUCAGAUAUCAUAGCAUGCAUUGUUUUGGUAUCAUUCCCACUUCAGUCUGACAAGGAGAACUAUGGCAACAAAACUGUAAUGGAGCUGUUCCUGCCAGUGGCUGUCCAGUUCUUGCACAAAGGUAACAGAGAGAUAUCGCGCCAUAUGGCGCGGUACCUCUCUCUGGCCGCCGUACAUCAUGCAGUGCUGCUGAAGCCACAUGUGCAGACUAUCAUGGACUCCAUUAUGUCAGGUAACUACCCUCUCUGCCGGAUCCUGACGAACCUGUAUGAGGUGUCUCCGGAGCCGCUCGAGGGUCACACUCCAGCACUGGUGUCGUUACUCCCGCACGCUGAGCCGGUGGAGAAGAGCUCCCUGUUUGCCCUGUUCGAGCAAAUUGCAGUUCGCAAGCCAGAGGCUCUGAAGACAUGUGUGCCACAGUUGUUGUCCUACUUGUGUCCCCAUACAGCCAGCCAGAGUGAUCCAGGCUGCAUGUGUGUGGAUAUACUGCAGGUGAUAGCGAGUCUGAGUCGCAGUCGCGUGUCGUUGGUGGCGGAGCAGGGCGCGGCCGUGCGGCGGGCGGCGCGGGCCCCGCACGCCUCGCCGCGGGCCGUCACGCUCGUCGCCAACAUACUCACUCAGCUCGGGUACACCAGCAGGGAGUUGGCCCAGGAAGCACUGAACUUCGUGGUAGAGCGACUAGGCUCCGCGCCGCGCGCCCUGCAGGCCGCGCUACUGAGGGACGCCACCUCGCUGUGUAGCGCCUUCCCCGCUCUCUUCACUGAUAACUUGCUCACCGCCGUGCGAGCCAACACCAGCAAUCGUCCUAAAUCCGGGUCGAGUCAGAGCGAAGUGAAUCGAACAUCAACAGGGGUGACUAUCGUGAGGUUGGGCGGGGGACAGAUCCCCGCGGGGGGCGGCAAUACGGGGUCUGGGGGCGUGGCGGGGGCUGCGAGCGGUCCGGGGGCCGCGGGGUCUGCGCCCGCGCCGAGUGGCUGGGGCCGGCGGGCCAAGCUGGGCGACUCGCGCAGCACGGGCCGUCUGCACCCCGGGCCCGCGCCGCAUCGCAGCAUGACUCGACUCAAUGUACCUGGAGGUUCAGUGGGUGGUCUCCACAAGAGUAUGACGCGAUUGUCAUCUUCGCAACAAAUCAACACGCCACCCAAUGGAACCACUAGUACAGUAGCAAAUAGCAAACCCUCAUCAUCGUCAAGUGGCGUAGUGGGCAAGUCCAACGGGGGCAGCGGGGGCAACGGGGUCAACGGGGUCAACGGAGCCAGCGGGGCCAGCGGGGCCAUCACAGUGACGAGCGUGGGCCCGGGCCGCGCCCCCCGGCCCGCGCCCCGCCCGCACCACCACCACAACAUACUCAUUGGACCCAAUGCUGGACCCAACAACCAAACAAUAGUAUCAGGACCGCCUCUAUCAACACAGUCAAUAUCAGUGAACCCACUCACUCCGGGGAAAUCAUCAGAUGGUUUGACACCGAUCACAUCCGCAGUAUCUAUCCAGCACUCCAACACAGCGUUAGGGAAUGUAUCAGUUGUAACAUCGAGUACGCCGGGGUCCGGGCCUAUAUCGGUGAGCCCUACGAACCCGAUCUCAAUCUCAGGGCCCGUCACAGUGACGUCACGACGGGCCAACAACACUAGUGUGACUAUGAUCAAUACAAACAACGGCUCGACCAAUACGUCGGCGUCCAACCAUAGGAUCAGUGUGUUCGAGCCAUACCCCAUGAGGGAUACUGUGCAGCACUUCUGUGAGAAGCACUUGGAUAAGAUCAAGGCGUACAUGGACAACGUGUCGCUACGACUGCCGCCGCCUGCUAAGUGUACUAUCGAAGAGCGUCGCUCCAAGAAGCAGGCGCGCCUGAUGUUCGUCUGCGGGCGGCGCGGCGCGCACUGCCUGUACGCGCGCGGCACGUUCUCGCUGCGCACGCGCCAGCCGCGCGUGUGGAUCCACCUGAUGUUCCUGGCGCUGCAGGCGCGCCACCCGGCCGCGCUGUCCUCGCGGGACCCCACCGUCGCCUCGCUCAAGCACUGCUGGGACAUACUCAAGUGCGAGAACAAGACCUUCCUCACGCUCGUUACUGGAGCCUUCCCCGGAAUCAAGGAACAAGAAAUGUUGUUAAAUGAGUUGCGCGCUGCGGGAUUUUUCGACGUAUUCGAAGUAGUGGCGCGACGGAACGACGGCGCCGCACUACCACCCACUCAGGCGACAUGGGGUUGCUUCCUAUGCACGCACCCGGAGCGCGCGGUGGGGUUCCUGGCGGCCGACGGCGCGCCCGUCAUUGAGGGACAGCUCAAGGAGAAGAAGGGACGCUGGAGGAUCUUCCGGCGGUGGAGGACGAGGUACUUCACACUCUCCGGGGCACAUCUCUCUUGUAAAGGAUCGAGCGGCGGCGAAAGUAUCGAUAUAAACCAGAUUCGAUCAGUAAAGGUAUCACGUGGUGCGCGGAACAUUCCCAAGGCAUUCGAGAUCUUCACAGGAGACCAGACGCUUAUACUGAAGCCGAAAGAUGGAAAGAAUGCUGAGGAGUGGGUUCAGUGUCUCAGCAUCGCAGUGGCGCACUCUCAGGCCAGAGACGCGCCCGCCAAGGCCAACAGUCUGCCUGCACGGGGACUUACGCUCAAGAGUUUCUAACUGUAAGUUACGAACAAUCCCUGCACAGGAUAAUAGGAAAGUAUUACAAAGAAAACUGAGUUACUUCCGUUUCGUAAUGGACUCCUAAUGUAUGAUAAUCGUACAAAAGUUGCUUGCUCAUUAACUUCUUGAGUUAAAUAUUACGCCAGUGUUCAAUGAAGUCUACUUAUUAUAUUAAAUACAAACAGCCAUACACUCAUACAUACACAUUAUGACUGAAUAUAAGACUUGUAUUGAAACAUGCAUUUUUAUACAUAUUAUUACAUAAUAUAUCAAGUUGUUAACGUAGAGAAUUAAUAUUCACAUUAUUAUAAAUGAUGUAUAAAAGUAAAAUAUUAUUAAUUGCAUAAUGUUUAGAAACAUUGAAAUAUUUGAAUUGAUAUAAAGAUCAGUGGAACUUGCGCAAACCGUUUGCGCUAAGUUGCGCAGUGUUGUUUAUCGUUUGCGCAAUGCAAGUACUAUAUUAAGCUUGAAUAUAUUCUGCUUGAUAUCAUUUGCCAAGUCAUAUGCGGUUGUAACGACGUACAGUUAUGUAUAAAAUUGAAAAUGCUCACAAAGUAUAGUAAUAGGUUUUAGAAUAUUUUAUCCACAUUCCUCUUUAUAACGAGAAUAAAGGAAUUUAAUUUUAUCGUCUUAUAUAUCCUUCAUAUCAGAUAGAAUCUAUACUUUGCAAAUUCUCGGUGUAUAUUUCAAUUUAUACGAUUUGCUAUACAUAUGUAUAACUUAAACUGUAUGAUAUGUAUGUACUUAGUUUGGAAACCUAUGCAUGUGUAUGUAUAGUUCCUAAAACAUUAUGCGGAAAAGCAUAAAAGUCGUCUGCACAUAUUUAAAAAUUUAAAUAUUUUAUGAUCGUAAUUCGAUCCCUAAGUAUUUUGUAUGAAUAAUAUGUAU